ACCGCUUCAGUUUGUUUUGGUUGGAACACUCGAGCGGUCUUGCGUUUUUCUCCUACAAAAAAUAACUCGAAAACGUGCAAAAAAGCGUAAAAAUUAUUUAAAAACAAUCAACAAAGUUCAAAGGUUAAGGGUUUUGUGGUCAAAACAAUGAGUUCAAUGAGUGCAGGACUCGAUCUUUGCCGGAGGAUUCUCAAGAGAUUCCCGCGGAAUGUUUGUUUUAGCUUCGCCUACGGAUCCGGCGUUAAAUCCCAAAUUGGGUACGAAAAGAAGAACCUAAAUGAGAAUAUAAUUGACUUUGUUCUGUGCGUUCCGGAUGACAAAAUGAAAGACUGGCACAAAGAAAACAUUCAGAGGAAUCCUCAAGAUUACUCGGGAAUGCGAUUUCUCAGUCCGUCAAUGCUAGUGAAUUAUCAAACUUCCAUUCCUGCCAAUGUGUACUGCAAUACACUGAUUCCCAUUGAGGAAGAGGGCGUCAUGAUAAAAUAUGGGGUUACCCGGGAGAGUGAUUUGAUUAAAGAUGCCACAGAGUGGAAGGAUUUGUACCUAUCAGGACGUCUGCAUAAACCUGUGCAGUUUCUCCAGGAACCUGAUGAAACCCUAAGAGAGGCCUUGAGGAAGAAUUUACAGACUGCCCUGACGGUGGGACUUUUGCUCCUUCCGGAGAGAUUCACAAACUUUCAACUUUUCCACACAAUUGCAUCCUUGAGCUAUUCUGGGGAUUUUAGAAUGAUAUUCGGUGAGAAUCCCAAUAAAGUCAGCAAUAUUGUGAAGCCACAAAUAGAAUCCUUCUUCAAACUCUACCAACCUCUUAUUAUUCACCAUCAGAAGCACCUCCAAUGCCCAGAAAGUCUCAAUGGAGAAUACAUUCAAGAUAAAUCCUCGAAAAUUGUGGAAAAUCAACUCAAUUCGAUACCUUUUAUCUAUCCAAGAGAAUUAAUUGGACGUUCAGGGAAUACUAAAAAUUACAAAGAGGAAUUGAGAGAAAUCCUCAGGAGGAGAGUAUUCAAAUCUAGCGCUCUGCAAUCAAUAAAGAAUAUUCCAACGGCAGGACUCGUCAAAUCCCUAAAGUACAGCUACAAGAAAACACUCAAAAUGGAUGAUGAUGAGAUGGCUUUUGGUCCUGCUUUACCUCCACACUUACUAAAGUCUUCCUCGGCACAAUCAUCGAGUCCUGUUGAAGAGAAGAAAGUCAUCGGGCCGUGUCUUCCGCCGAACUUUCAGCCACAAGAAAUAACAGAAGUGGAAGAAACUGUAGAAGAUGAAGAGGAUGAAGAUGAUUUAGCUAUUGGACCACUUCUUCCGGGGCAGGAACCACAAUCCAGAGCACAGCUAGAGCUAGAAGAACGUGCUCUCGAAAUAAAGCUCAAUGGAUUGGAAGGAAGUGAAAGAUCAACGAAUGAUGCUACAAAUAGAGAAGAAUGGAUGAUUGAACUUCCUGAGGUGCGAAAGGUUGCAGACUUGGGACUAGGACCGAGGCAAUUUAGACAAAAAGAGGGACCAGACUUUUCAGAUAGAUCCUCUUGGACAGACACACCUCAGAGCAAAUUGGAGAAGGAAAAGACAAAGAGCAAAGAAGACACCUCUAGAAAAUCCUACGAGGAAAAACUGAUAAAAGAACGUGAUAGAGCGAUGGAGAAGCUGAAGAAGAAAUACGACAAGGAGCAUAAGAGAGAGAAAUCUCUCCUGGAGCUGCAUCAGGAUAAGCUGAAGAAGAAGAAAAAGAAGAGCAAAGAGAAGGAGGAGAGACGUCCUUUCAGCAGAGAAGUGGAUCUUGCUGUAAAUAAAUUCGACGAGACACGAAAGCAAGCGGCUACCAAGAAAUCCAAACAGCUAGACACAAAAUUCUCAGCUGGUUCGAGUAAAUUCCUCUAAUUUAUUUAAUUCUAAUUACAUGUUAUUGUAUUUAGAGACGGUACAAAAUAAAAAAAAUGAUCAGAU